CUCUUGUCAAAGUAGUUGCAGGCACAGAGCACGCAUGCCCAGCAUCCUUCCCCGCUCUGCGGCAAAUGGGCUAGCGACGAAUCUAUCGCAGUGGAACUCCAAGCAAAAUGAUUCCGCCGCAAAUGUCAAUGCCGCCUCGGUGGUCCUUCAAGUGCGCAGUCACCUGCGGCAGUCUGCGGAGAUGGGGUUUGUUGCGUUUCUACAGGCGUUGAAGCAAGCGGCAACUCCAGCUCAGACGAUUUCGAGGUCCCAGCUCAAGACCACGUUGGUCAACCACAAUCUCCAGCUCUCGGAUGUGGACAUUCGAGCGAUUUCGAUCUUUCUGGGCGAAGAUGUAGGGGGAGCCAUGCCCAUUUUGACCCUUCGCGACUUGAUCUUUGGCAAAUUGGAAGGCCGACGGCUUGACGUGGCCAGCGCUGCGUUUCGCCAAAUGGAUGGACGGCAACGAGGGUAUGUGGCUGUGGACGAAAUCCUUCGGAGCCACGACGCUUCCAAGCACCCCGACCUGAUGUUUGGCAACCAAUCGACGCCGAUUCAAGUGCACAGUGCGUUUGUGAAAUCGUUCACGGCGCUCGUGCCUCCAUCAUCCCUCGUCAACCUCAGCCAAUGGCUCGAGUACUGUCAAUGUCUCAGCGCAGCCACAGAAAAAGAUGAUUACUUUGAGCUCAUUUUCACCCGAGUGUGGCAUGUUUCGGCGACGUCUAUUUCCCUGGAAUCGAACGUUCAAUCCAAGCUUUCCAACAACCAAACACUGACACCGCGGUCGUCGUUCACUUUGCUCGACGACUUAAACAACAAGAACUUGCUCGCCACAGCGUUGGACUUUCCGUCCAUGCCGAUGCCCGUAUCCCCCGACUUGCCAUUGACGCCAGUAAAAUCUCCUGCCCCGUUCCAAGCGGACAUGAACCACACAAACAACAACAUCACGGCGCGGAAAACGUCCCGCAAUGCCACGUUAAACAGCACCCAAACGGCGGCGUGCAUGACCCACAUGUACCCCGACAAGGGGGGCAUCUUGCCAAAAUCCAAGGACAUUGGCGUCGGUACCAAGAUGAUUCUGUCACGAUUGCGAGCGACGUUGAAACAGCGGGGGGCGGGGGGCGUGGUCGGGCUCAGUCGAAAGUUCCGCCUCAUGGACGACGACAACAACGGGUCGUUGAGCCUGCUCGAAUUCAAGAAAGCCGUGCGCGAGUGCGAAGUCGACUGCAGCGACGCCGACUUGCGUCUGUUGUUUGACGCGUUCGACACGGAUGACAGCCAAAUCAUCGACAUCAAGGAAUUCCUCAACGGGGUGAGAGAGCCCAUGAACGAACGACGGCUGCAGCUCGUGCGCAUGGCGUUCAAAAAGAUUGACCGAAACGGAGACGGGGUGCUUGAACCAAGCGACAUUGUCGGAUGCUACGACGCGAGCAAACACCCCGAUGUCAUUGCCGGUAAGCGCACGGCGGACGCGAUCUUUCGGGAGUUUCUAGACACGUUCGACGUGGAUGUCAAGGACGGCAAAGUCACCCCCACUGAUUGGGAGCUGUAUUACCACAACAUUUCGUCGGUGAUUGACCACGACGACUAUUUCGAGCUCAUGAUGCGCAACACGUGGCAGUUAACGGGUGGCCAAGGGUGGGCCGCGAGCUCGUUCGAGUCGAAUCGUGUUCGCGGCACGGUGAUUCUAGAUCCAGAAUCGCCUCCAGUUGUGUUUUCUACCCCCAAACGAUACGGAAAUGCGUCUACGGGAUUGACGUCGUGCUUGCAAGUGGAUUCAUCAGCCUCGUCGAUGCAGUCCGGACAGCAGCAACUCGUCGACAUGCAGCACCCCAAGGAGCUUCGUCGAAUCGUCAAGCGGCUGAAAACUACGCUGAAGUCUCGUGGGGGACGAGGGUACACUGGCCUAGCUCGUGGGUUUCGCCAGAUGGAUGCCAACGGAUCAGGCACGUUGGACUUGAAUGAGUUUCGAGCGGCAAUGGACCGCCUCCAAUUGCACAUGGGGGCCAACGACCUCUGGGCGCUGUUCGACUACUUUGACACAAACGGAAAUGGAUCGGUGGACGUGUCCGAAUUCGUCAAGGGUGUCCGCGACCCUAUGAACGAACGGCGGCUGUUGUUUGUCCACAUGGCCUUCGACCUCUUGGACUCGGACCACAACCAUGUGUUGACUGUCGAGGACAUUGUUACCACGUACGACGCUCGAAAGCACCCGGACGUGUUGGCCGGGCGAAAGACAGAUCGAGAAAUCUACACGGAAUUCCUCGACACAUUUGAAUCCGCCGCGCGAGUCCACGACGGCCAAGUGACACUCACCGAAUGGACCGAGUACUACGCCAACAUCAGCGCCAGCAUCGACGACGACGACUACUUUGAGCUCAUGAUGCGCAACGCGUGGCACAUUUCCGGCGGCGAAGGGUGGGCGGCCAAUUCGACCAACCGACGGGUGCUGGUCAACGAUUCCCAGGUGGUGGAACUCCAGAACGAUUUGGGCGUGGCUCGAUACGAACAAAUCCAGGCCCAGCUCGGCAAGCAAGGGUUUGGCACGGCUGCAAACUGCGCCAAAGUGUCGUUCUUCGAUGUCCUCGACCAUUCCGUGCGCCCCCCCGCUGCUGUUGACAAGACGCGGCCAGGCCGCCUGCGUAACAAUUCCAGCGACGGCACGGCCAACUGCUUGUCGAUGGCUCCAGCGUCGUCAUUUUCUGGGACAUCAUUGAAUCCUGGAAAACGGUUGUCAGUGGGACGUUUCGCAAGCGCGGCCACAUCGGCAUCAACGGCCUCGUCGACGUACAACACCAAUGGAGCAGUUGCCCCGCAAUCUCAACAGCCCAUUGCGACAGUGGGUGUGCAGCCCAUUCUGUCGCGCCUUCAAGCAGCCCUCAAAGCGACGCAGCACGGCUUCAUCGGACUCAGCCGCGCGUUCAAACUCAUGGAUUCCGACGCCAACGGACAUUUGAGCAUGUUGGAAUUCAAGCACGCCCUGUCCGGGUUUGGGAUCGCGGACGUGGACGCGCGUAUAUUAUUCAACUACUUUGACCUGGACCACAAUGGGACGCUGGAAAUCCAAGAGUUCAUCACGGGGUUGCGAGGGCCGAUGAACUCCCGGCGACUCGGGUUUGUCCGGGAAGCGUUUGCCCGCAUCGACAAGAACGGAAACGGCGUCCUCGAGCCCAGCGACAUCGUUGAAGCGUACGAUGCGUCCAAGCACCCCGAGGUGAUUGCCGGACGAAAGACACCCGACCAAGUGUUUCGGGAGUUUCUUGACACGUUUGACGUGGACGGCCACCACGACGCCAAGGUCACGCCGGACAUGUGGGAGCAUUACUACGCUAACAUCAGCGCCAGCAUUGACGACGACGACUACUUUGAGCUCAUGAUGCGCAAUUCGUGGCACAUUUCAGGCGGAAAGGGAUGGUGUGCCAACACGACCAACCGUCGGGUGCUCGUCAACGACUCCCAUGUUGUGGAAGUCGAAGACGAUUUGGGCGUCAACAUGUCCAGUGUGCCAGAACGACUGGAGCGACAGAUCAAGUCGUACAUGAACCAGCCUGGGACAAUCAAAACGCUCAACUCGAUCAACGUGACUGCGUGCUUGAAUCACACGGUGGACCCUCCGAAGUCAGCGCAAGCUACCCCCACCCGACUAACCGAAGCCAAAGUCAUGCCGCUGCAAGCCAUGCAACGCACGACAGAGUCGGUCAUCCAACGACUUUCGAACAGUAGCAUGAUGAGCACCAACCCCAGCGUGGCACAGGUGGAUGGACUGUGGGGGGCGUUGCGCCAAGUGCUGCGAUCGAAAGGACUCGUGACCAUCGUGCAAGUUCGCCGAACCAUCUUGCAGUAUGGAAAAACCAUCGCCGCCACCCAAGUGCAAGCCGCGCUGGGGCAAACCGCUCAAGUCACGUUGCCGACGGAGAUCGUUCAGAAACUCGUGGACGACGUGCGCCAACGCUGUCCGCUGCGUGGCGAAGAUGUGACAAGCGCUCGGGCGUCCACGGCCGGAUUCUGGAAGUGUCUGGCCAUGCCCAAGGACGACCAGUUGGUGAAAAUGGCCAAGCGGGUGUUUGCCCACUUGCAAGUCGAAGCCAAAGGCGACUGCACGCCGCUGGUGUUGGCCAAGGCGUAUGACGCCCCCAGCCAUCCAUCUGUGAUGCUCGGCCUCAUGCCCGCUGAAGACGUGUUCAAGGACUUUGCACGGUGUUUCGACGUAGACUCGUCAGGGUGCAUUCCGUACGACAGCAUGGAUACGUACUGCAGCGACCUAUACUUUUCGGUGGGGGAGCUUCGCCACUGCCUCCAAAUGUUGCGAGAUGUGUUCCACGUCGAGAUCCCCACCACGACGUCUUAACACCAUCGAUGGAGUAGAAUUGUUGUCCGAGUUAUAUAUAUUACUUCGAAGUACGUAGUAGUUGUAUUUGAUGAACCGCUGCGAUACCUACACGAUACAUACAAUGGAG